AUGGCCGAAGGAAAGCUGGCAUCAUGGAGCGGGAACGUGCAUGUAUUCAGAUGGUGCGAGCGCAGCUACUUGUUUCACAGCAGCACUCUGGAAGUCGCGGAGCUUUCAGUUGAAUUUGGCCCAGAAACUACUGUGCAAUGGAAGGGUGAGCAUCCCUUCGUCUGGUGCCCAAGAUCUCAGAAAAUGACAUGGUGUCCUGAGGUUUUUAGCCGUUUCCUCAUGGAAGCGGAUGAGCAGUUUGCUUUGCGUGUUCGGGAUCCGACUGGGUCUUGGAGAAAUGAGGACAUGCCAAAAGUUUUGCGCGAUUUUAGGUUCGGCAAUCUCUUCUUAGCUUGCAAAGGAAGUGAGACGAUCGAAGUAUCUGUCAUGGCACAGAACCUGCCUGCCGGAGGCAACUACUUGUGGUGGAGUCUGCCAGACAUUUAUGCAGCUUGCGGCGGUGGCUCAUCGUAUGCGAGGACACGUCAGAAACGAUGGUUUGCUUGGUCACAGCAUCUGGAAAAAGCAAAGUUGCCUCAGCAUGCUUUGCUUAAAGGCCGCCGGCAAGAAGAAGCUGAGGAAGACGGUCAAGUCUCACCGGCUCCUUGGGCUGCAGUGUCCACGCACGGCUUGCUACAUCUGCUUCUUCGGUGGGAAUGCCCCUACAACCACAAAGGCCGAAUAGAUGAGGUAGCCGAGGAGGCCGAACGUUUGCUGGAAGCGAUUUUGUUGCGAUUGCCGCAGCGCUUCCUGCUCCGAAUCCGGAGCGAGAGCGCUUCUUGGGUGCCGCCUUACUGCAUGAACGGGGAGCAAGAAGUCACCAUCCAUGUUGACUCAGGCUGCGUUGAUUUGGACAGAUUGCGGUUGAGCCACGAGCAAGCGCUGCAUGCUGCUACAGCAGCGUUGCCGGAUGCUAGCCACUGCAGCCUGAAGGCCUUCUUGGAAGCAGCACCCGUUCUGAACACGCAAGAGUCUACAUGUUGGGGCUGGUUGCCGCAGCUCGUGUGGCUGCUUGGGAGCUUUCUGGAGACAAAGACUUUGGAAUGCGACAUUCCAGAGCUCAGUAGUGGGGCAUGGUAUGCGAAGUCUGCCCUGCGAAGUGAAGACGUUCCGCAGCACCAGCGCGCAGCCAUGCUUGGUGCUUACUGCAGGCAGGCAAUGUCCGAAGUGAACGCAGCUGACGUUGUGUCUGUGGCCUUAGAUGACACGCGACUUGGCAGAAGACCUGUGAAAGCAGUGGCAGCUGCAACCGGCGACCGUGCUUUCUGGUGCUGCCCGCAGGCCGUCCAGAUUGCAAUCAGGGGAAAGCUUCGAUUGCAUGUUCAUGGAUGA